AUGGACGGAGAGUGGCCGGAACAGAACAGUUAUCUGUACGAUUGGCUUGUCCUCGGGUAUCCAGGCGGAGACAACCACGUUAUCCAGCCUGACCUUGGUGCUGAGGUGAAUGGCCUGCCUGGAGCCGCCGCCAACAUGGGCAACAACACUAACGCAGCUGCUGCAGAUCAAGGCAACGGCGAAGGCCGUCAUCCAGAUGAGAAGCGCCGGCUGGAGCUUAGCAGGAGAACUGGCCUGAGUCCUACACAGGUCCAGAUCUGGUUCCAAAACCGACGCAACUCGGGGAAGGGGUAUGAUGUUCGUGGGUGCGAAGGUGGAACAACCUUGAAAAAAUAUAUAUCCAAUAUAGCGAAGAGCAAGGCCCAGCAGAAGGAGACCGAGGAAUUUCAGGAAGAGAACGGCCGGCUCCAAGCUGAAAAACAAGCACUCAUGUCGGCUUUGCAGAACAGGCUUUGCAUCACAUGCAGAGGGGAGGAUACCCUGGAGCGGCAGCGCCUGUACGCCGAGAAUGUGAUGCUCAAGGACGCGCACAAGCGUAUCGCCGACUACCUUAAGAAUGUCUCCGGUGGAAGGCUACAAGUGAUGAACCACACCGUCGUCGACACCCAUGCUCCUUUCACUCUCACGGCUCCAAAUCCAGUGAUGAUUCCUGACGAGGGCGUUGCCCGCGACGACCCUGAAACCAACGGAAACACCUUGGUGGUUCAACAUGUUGCUUGUGCUAUGGAAGAGCUGAAGGUGCUUGCGGGCUUGGGUGCGCCGCUGUGGUCGCUAGCGGAAGGUGGCGAGGUGGAGGUGAUCAACUACAAGGAGUACAUGAAAAUGAUGUUCCCGAAUGAGCGCCACGAGAUGGAAUUUUGUGCGGAGGCCACUAGGAAGACUGGCAUCAUAUCGUGCACCGCCACCGACCUCGUCGGCAUCCUCAUGAACGCGGACUGGUGGUCUCAGACGUUCCCGGGCAUCGUGGCGAGUGCCACCACCAGCAAGAUCAUCACUCCCGGUGAUUCCGGAGAUGGGCUGGUUCAACUGAUGAGUGCAGAGCUGAGGGUGUUGUCACCGCGGGUGCCGGUUCGCAAGAUCAACUUCAUUAGGCGUUGCCAGAAGAUCGCGGAGAACACAUGGGUUGUGGUGGAUGUGUCUGUUGAUGGAAUUCGUGACCAGGACGGCGCGCCUUCAACAUACACGGCCUGCAAGCUUCAGCCGAGUGGUUGCCAUAUCCAGGAGUUGAACAAUGGCCAUUGCCAGGUCACAUGGAUCGUGAACAUGGCGCAUGAUGAGGCCACUGUCCCCCCGCUGCACCAUCCACUCUUCCGCUCCGGCUGGGCACUCGGUGCGUGCCGCUGGAUUGCAUCCCUCCAGAGGCGAUGCGACUACAUUGCCUCCCUGCAUACCAACCCCGUUCUCACUCUGAACACCAGAUCAGGUGGAGUAGCUCCUAUAACGCCCGAGGGGAGGAAGAGCGUCCUGGAGGUAGCACAUCGGAUGACACUCAAGUUCUACGAAGCGAUAUGUGGCCCGGGGACCCAGCCAUGGACAAGCGUCGAUGAGCGGCGUGGCAGCUGCGGCGUAGGCGCCGAGAGGUUUGAGGUGGAUGUGGGCGUGGUGACCUUCCCCGUGGGUACAACAGGUGCUACCGUGCUGAGAGCUACGACGACGGUAUGGCUCCCCGGGACACCGGCGCAGCGCGUGUUCAACUACCUCUGUGAUGGAGAUCGCCGAACCGAGUGGGACAUCGGCGCCAACCGUACCUCCACCAUUCGCCAGGAGGGCUCUUUUAGCACUGGACAACUCGAUGGCAACUCCGUCUCUCUCCUGCGCACCAUUGCUUCCAACGGAGCAUACGGCAAGCUGUUCCUGCAAGAGUCAUGCAUCGACGCCUCAUGCAUGGUGUUGGCAUAUGCUCCAAUUGAUGACCAAACCAUUCAGGAUGUCAUCAACGGCACCCACACCUCCUUCUCCCUCCUGCCGUCUGGGGUGGUCGUGCUCCCUGAUGGCAACGCCGAGCCAGGAGCGCCUUCAACAUCUGCCAUGUGCUCCUCCAGCUCCUCCGCCGGUCACAGGAGCAACUCUGGGUCGCUCGUCUCCACCAUGUACCAGACACUGCUGAGCGGCCAGCCACCGGAGCACCUCUUCAAAGCUGUUGCCGAGAAUGUGGGGAACCUGCUCUGUCAAGCCAUCGACAAGAUCAAAUCUGGCGUCCAUGCUAACGUCGUUUUAGCUGCUUAAUGCGUCGUCUACAAUUUGGGAUUAUGGGAAUAAUUAUACUUCUUGCCGUUAUUGCAGACUAUAUACAAUAAUAU